UAGACCCGACGACGGUCCACCCGAACUCGGACAGGUCAAACUCCUCUCCUCCGGCAAUGCCCGCCGGAACUCAAUCCCCCGCAGGCCCCACCACCCUCUGCCACUUCCGCAGCCGCCGCAAGCACCAAUCUGUGGUGAGAUAAGUGAUGAAGACCUCCACACUCCGGUUCAGUCUCACAUGGUGGCCUCCCUCUCCAAAUCCCGCAGCUCAAGGUCCCUUCCCUGCGUUGCCAGAUCCCUCCUUCAACUCUCCUCUCGGGGCCGGCUGUCCGAGGCCCUCGACUUUCUCCCCCGCUUAUCGGAUACAGGGAUCCGCUUGCCCACCAAUACGCUAGCUUUCUUGAUCAGCAGGUGCACCACCCUCAAACAGGCCAAAUGGAUCCACCUUCACCUGAAGCUCACUGGCCUGAAGAAACCAAAUACGCUCCUCGCGAACCACCUGAUCGAGGCGUACUUCAGGUGCGGAAGUGAGUUUCUCGGGCGCAAGGUGUUCGACGAAAUGGCCUCGAGAAAUCUCUACUCCUGGAACAAUGUGCUCUCCGGGUACGCAAAGCUGGGCAGGAUGCGCCCCGCGAGAAAGCUGUUCGAUAGAAUGCCUGAGAGGGAUAUUGUGUCCUGGAACACAAUGCUGAUUGGGUAUGCAAAGGCUGGUGAUUGCGGAGAAGCAUUAAGGUUAUAUAAGGAGUUUCUGAAGUUGGGGAUGAGGCCCAGCAAGUUCAGCUUCGCAGGCCUCUUGACAAUCUGUGUGAAGCUGAGAGAAGUAGGUCUUGCUAGACAGGUCCAUGGCCAGGUUUUACUUCUUGGAUACUCGUUGAAUAUUGUGCUUUUAAGCUCAAUAGUUGAUGCUUAUACUAAAUGCGGGGAGAUGACAGAUGCGAGAAGAGUGUUUGAUGAGAUGGAAGUUAAAGAUGUCCCCGCGUGGACCACUUUGGUCUCGGGAUACGCUAGGUCGGGCGAUAUAAACAGGGCAAGUGAGAUAUUUCACGAGAUGCCUGUGAAGAACCCCAUUUCCUGGACUGCUAUGAUUGCUGGGUACGUGAGGAAUGGUCUGAGCAACAGAGCACUCGAGUUGUUUACUAAGAUGAUGGCCCUUCGGAUCCUUCCUGAUCAGUUCACUUUCAGUAGCUGUCUCUGCGCUUGUGCGACCUUGGCUGAUCUGAAGCAUGGGAAGCAGAUCCAUGCCCACCUGAUAAGGACUAACUUCAGGGCUAAUACAAUAGUUGUGGGCUCCCUUGUCGACAUGUACUCUAAAUGCGGUAACUUGAGCUAUGCUCAGCUUAUUUUUGACCGCGUGAAUGAUAAGAAAGAGGUCAUUUUGUGGAACACUAUGAUGUCUGCCUUAUCCCAACAUGGUCUUGGUAAAAGCGCGAUAGAGAUGCUUAAUAGUAUGAUUGGGUCGGGAGUGAAGCCUGACAGGAUCACCUUUGUCGUCCUCCUCAGCGCCUGCAGUCAUUCAGGUCUUGUAGCGGAGGCUGUCAGGUUGUUCGAGUCAAUGGCUCGAGACCACCAAGUUUUCCCGGACCAGGAACACUAUGCAUGCUUCAUCGAUCUCCUGGGCAGGGCAGGACUUUUUCAUGAGGUGGUACACCAGCUCAAGAAAAUGCCAAUUAAGCCUGACGAUCGGGUCCUGAAUUCCUUGCUCGGCGUCUGUAAAAUUCACAGCAAUGUAGCGUUAGGUGAGGAAGUAGCAGAGCAUCUUAUGAAGCUGCAACCAAGCUCUUCUGCUGCUUACGUGUUUCUUUCGAGUGUAUAUGCUGCACUAGGGAGAUGGGAUUCAGUAGCGAAGGUGAAGAAGCUCAUGAACGAUAGGUCGGUGAGAAAAGAACGGGCCAUCAGCUGGUUAGAGAGUGGGGAUGAAGUGCAUUCCUUCACGGUAUCAGAUGUGUCGCACCCGAUGAAGGAAGAAAUAUAUGCAGUGUUAGAUCAUAUAACCGGGCACGUGGAUGAGGAAGACGAGUCAUGAGAACUAACCCAUGCCAUUUUUUCAGCUCUGAAAAAUUCUUUUCAAACUACACUCGAUAGAGUUGAGUAGCAUAGCGUUUUUGAUUGGGAAGCCCUUUGUGGACAUUUUGCGCCGUGUCACCGGAGGGACGAUAUAUCGAUUACUUUACAGUAAAUUUUUUCUUCUGUUUCCCUUGUACUUAAAUAAGGAUUGUGUAUGUGAUGAUGUAAUUGAUUUUCUUGCAGGCUCACAGCAUGAUGCCGGCUUUUUAAA